AUGUUAUUAAAGAGGUACAACAACAGCGAGCAAUUGAAGAAGCUUCAAGUAAAAUCACUCUUCAAGUUGCCCACACUCACCAAGGAAUCUACUUCCGAUUUGCAAGGUUUGCUAGAAGGUUUCCAGAGAAUCGUACAAACAUUGGACCAGGUUGUACAGCCCGGCGAUUAUAGAGACCUGUUGCUAGUGAACAUUCUCACUUCUCGUCUCGAUUCAACCACUCGAAGAGGAUGGGAAGAAUAUUCGUCCACGAAAGAGCAAGACACCCUGCAGGACCUGACAGACUUUCUACAGCGACGUGUUCGUAUCCUGGAGUCUCUACCGUCGAAGCCAGUAGAUAAAUUUGUGCAUCAAAUUCCACCCGCUGCCAAGCAGAAGCCAUCCGUUCAGAGGACAUCCUAUAGCGCAGUACAAACCUUCAGUGGCUGUGUAGCGUGUGAGGGCCAUCAUCCACUAUACCAAUACAUGGCCACCAAAUGCCAAUCCAAAUAUUCAUGUCGACAUUGCAAAGGGCGUCAUCACUCAUUGGUAUGCUUCAAAACACAAAGAGAAGGAAACCCAAAAUCAAUAUCAACGGCAACACCAUGCGCUUCCACUUCCGGCGGUAAUGAACCAUCCACCUCGCAAAUGGCUAACGUGGCAGCCACGGAUUCAUCCAUUUCGAAUACUGUCCAAAGAUGUGCGUCGCAGGUUCUACUAGCAACAGCAAUCGUUAUCGUUGAAGAUGAUGAAGGUGUACGAUUCCCAGCUCGAGCGCUUCUCGACUCCGGAUCAGAAAGUAACUUCAUUACUGAGAAAUUAAGUCAGCGGCUUAGGGUACACCGAGACAGGGUAGACAUUUCGGUGUUAGGAAUUGGAUCCCUAGCUUCAAAUGCGAAGCAAAGAAUAAGGGCGAAAAUAAGGUCGCGUUUGUCAAAUUUUUCACGCGGAAUGAACUUUUUGGUGCUCCCCAAGGUCACUGUUAACAUUCCAACUGCUACAGUGGACACUACUGGAUGGAAAAUACCACAAGGAAUCGAAUUGGCCGAUCCUUCCUUCCUCAUAUCCCAACCUGUUGAUAUCAUACUCGGUAUCGAAUUCUUCUUCGACUUUUUCCAUGGGGGAAGAAAGAUAGCAUUGGGUGAUCACUUACCUGCCCUGAAUGAUUCAGUUUUCGGAUGGGUGGUGUGUGGCGGUGCAACAGCUAUUGGCCAGCCACUACACAUAAAUUGCAAUGCAUCGACUUCAAAUAAUUUAGAAUCGCUUAUGAAACAAUUUUGGUCCUGUGAGGAAGUUGGUUCGACGUCAAACUAUUCACCAGAAGAGGCACGAUGCGAGGAAAUAUUCACUGAUACGGUUCAGCGUGACACCAACGGUCGUUAUACCGUAUGUUUACCCAAGCACAAAGGCAUUGUGGAUCAAUUGGGAGAUUCAAAGGAAAUAGCGCUUCGCCGUCUUCAGGCAACGGAACGACGAUUGGCACGAGAUGUUGAAUUGAAAGAUCAAUACACUUCUUUUCUAACGGAAUAUUGUCGUCUAGGUCACAUGGAGAAGGUAACUGAUAACGGAGAAAUCAAACGUUGCUAUCUACCGCAUCAUCCGGUGGUCAAGGAGUCGAGCAGCAUCACUAAAGUACGCGUGGUCUUCGAUGCUUCUUGCAAAACUUCUACGAAUAUUUCUCUCAAUGAUGCACUGAUGACAGGGCCCACCAUUCAAGAGGAACUCCGAUCGAUUGUAUUACGCUGUCGUACAAAACAAAUAAUGGUUGUAGCGGACGUCGAGAAAAUGUUUCGACAAAUAAAUAUGCAUCCCAAGGACCGACCAUUGCAAUCGAUCCUAUGGCGAGCAUCACCGGCAGAAGACGUUGCAACAUAUGAGCUAAACACGGUCACUUAUGGAACGAGACCGGCACCAUUCCUAGCCACUCGUACGCUAAAGCAAUUGGCAAUGGAUGAACAGGAUCAUUUUCCAGAAGCUGCCAAGGUAAUCAUUGAAGACGCCUACAUGGAUGACAUCAUCACAGGAGCCAAUAAUCCAACAGAACCACUUUGUUUGAUCGUCUCGGGAUAA